AUGAGCAACUCCUCGCCUCAGAGUACGGCCAGUUAUGAACUAAGCCAGCAUUAGCUUUCGCUCUCUUACUCCCCUUGUAUGCCUGCCUCUACCUACCCAUGACCCGAAAUUCAACCAUUUUUUUUUUAAUUUGUUGAAUGUGAGAAAGCGGAGAGGGGAAGAAAUCGUUCCUUUGAGCGAAGACUACUCGGAGGUUGAGGAUGGCGGCCCUCACAAGGAUUGGUCUUGCUGGUCUUGCUGUCAUGGGCCAGAACCUUGCUCUCAACAUUGCUGAGAAAGGUUUCCCCAUCUCUGUAUACAACAGAACCACCUCCAAGGUUGAUGAGACUAUCGAACGUGCUAAGCUUGAAGGAAACCUCCCAGUUUACGGCUUUCAUGAUCCUCGAUCCUUUGUCAACUCAAUUCAGAAACCCCGAGUUAUCAUAAUGCUAGUGAAAGCCGGUGCACCUGUCGAUCAAACAAUUGCGACACUUACUACACACUUGGAGGCUGGUGAUUGUAUAAUAGAUGGAGGCAAUGAAUGGUAUGAAAACACGGAGAGAAGAGAGAAAGCCAUGAACGAGCUUGGUCUACUUUAUUUAGGAAUGGGAGUUUCCGGCGGAGAAGAGGGUGCUCGUCACGGGCCUUCACUUAUGCCCGGAGGUUCAUUUGAGGCAUACAAAAAUAUAGAAGACAUUCUUCUCAAGGUGGCUGCUCAAGUUCCAGAUAGUGGCCCUUGUGUUACUUACAUUGGCACAGGAGGCUCAGGCAAUUUUGUGAAGAUGGUUCAUAAUGGGAUAGAAUAUGGUGACAUGCAACUGAUUGCUGAAGCUUAUGAUGUGCUGAAGUCUGUAGGCAAGCUCUCGAAUGAAGAGUUGCAACAUGCUUUCACUGAAUGGAACAAAGGAGAGCUUCUUAGUUUCUUGAUUGAAAUUACAGCUGACAUAUUUGGAAUCAAAGACGACAAGGGCGACGGCUACUUGGUCGACAAAGUCCUGGACAAGACUGGAAUGAAAGGUACUGGCAAAUGGACCGUACAACAGGCAGCAGAUUUAUCAGUUGCUGCUCCAACCAUUGAGGCAUCCUUGGAUUCAAGGUUCUUAAGUGGACUUAAGGAAGAAAGAGUUGAGGCUUCCAAAGUGUUCAAGUCAGGUGGUUUUGAUGACAUUUUAAGCAACCAGCCUGUAGACAAGGCAAGGCUGAUUGAUGAUGUCAGGCAGGCACUUUAUGCCUCAAAGAUUUGUAGCUAUGCACAGGGGAUGAACUUGCUUAGAGCAAAGAGUAUUGAGAAGGGAUGGGAUCUCAAGCUUGGUGAGCUUGCAAGGAUUUGGAAAGGUGGGUGCAUCAUUCGCGCUAUUUUCUUGGAUCGGAUCAAGAAGGCUUAUGACAGGAAUUCUAAUCUGUCAAAUCUUCUUGUCGACCCUGAGUUCGCCAAGGAGAUAAUAGAUCGGCAGGCAGCGUGGCGCCGGGUUAUCUGUCUUGCUAUCAAUGCCGGCAUCAGCACUCCUGGCAUGUCAGCAAGCUUGGCCUAUUUUGACACUUACAGGAGGGAAAGGCUUCCUGCUAAUUUAGUUCAGGCUCAGAGGGACUACUUUGGAGCUCACACAUAUGAGAGGACUGACAUAACUGGAUCAUUCCACACUGAGUGGUUCAAGAUUGCAAGGAAAUCGAAGAUUUGAUGCCAUCGGUGCGUCGUUCUACCUUACCUUUGAAUGAUUAUGAUUUUUUUUUUUUUGGGACAUACAGUAGAGACUCAUUUGCUUCCUGAAUAGAAUAAUAUGUCCCAUGGCAGGAUUUGAAACCUUCAUAUAGCUGUAGUUCUUUGUUGCAUUUGCGCUUGAUGUUUUGAUUCUGUACUAUGUUGAAGAGUCUAUCCAUUUGAACUCUUUGGUUUGUAUGAGUACCCUGAAGUUUCUUUUCGGGUACAAGCUCAUACAGUUGGUGUUAUUUUAAUUUUGUAUUUCCUAAUAAUGGUCGAGCAGCUAAAACUCUGUUUUCUCAGUAGUUGAAGGGAAACUUUAUCAGAAGAAUAAUGCUAGUUAUGUGAUAA